AUGGCAGAGGAUCUUCAGUCUGUGGCGGUUGGUCCUGGGGUGCGCUGGGGGCCUUUAUUUGUGGAGCUGGAGAAACAUGGGAGGACUGCUGUGGGUGGACGGGACUUUGGGGUUGGUGUACCUGGGUUUAUCUUUGGUGGAGGUAACUCUUACUAG